GCGCAACCAUCACCGUGUUUGAUCCGGCGUCGACCGCUCUCCCGCGAUCGGCAUUCAACCGCCGCAUUUUAUCCGGUAACAUUUUUCUGUGGUGGAGCAAUUUGGUCUGGAUAAUGGACCAGUAUGAGAAAGUUGAGAAGAUUGGAGAAGGAACUUAUGGUGUGGUUUACAAGGCUCGUGACCGUGUGACAAAUGAGACUAUUGCUCUAAAAAAGAUCCGCUUGGAGCAGGAAGAUGAAGGAGUCCCUAGCACAGCAAUAAGGGAAAUCUCUCUCUUGAAAGAGAUGCAACAUGGCAACAUAGUCAGGUUGCAGGAUGUAGUGCACAGUGAGAAACGGUUGUAUCUUGUUUUUGAGUAUCUGGAUCUGGAUUUGAAGAAGCACAUGGAUUCGUGUCCAGAGCUUGCUAAUAAUCCACAUUUAAUAAAGAUGUUUCUCUAUCAGAUUCUUCGUGGAAUUGCAUAUUGCCAUUCUCAUAGAGUUCUUCACCGAGAUUUGAAACCUCAAAAUUUGCUAAUAGAUCGCCGCACUAAUGCAUUGAAGCUUGCAGACUUUGGGUUAGCUAGGGCAUUUGGUAUUCCCGUGAGGACAUUUACUCAUGAGGUGGUAACACUCUGGUACAGAGCACCAGAAAUCCUCCUCGGAUCCCGCCAUUACUCUACUCCGGUUGAUGUAUGGUCAGUGGGCUGUAUAUUCGCUGAGAUGGUGAAUCAGCGGCCUUUGUUCCCUGGGGACUCUGAGAUUGAUGAACUUUUCAAGAUUUUCAGAUAUAUGGGUACUCCAAAUGAAGAAACCUGGCCUGGAGUGACUUCGUUGCCAGACUUCAAGUCUGCCUUCCCCAAAUGGCCCGCUAAGGAACUGGCAACUGUGGUCCCAAAUCUUGAACCAACUGGUGUUGAUCUCCUUUCUAAGAUGCUCUGCUUGGACCCAAGUAAAAGAAUUACAGCGCGGAGUGCCCUCGAGCAUGAAUACUUCAAGGAUCUUGGUGUUGUACCUUGACCUUCCUGUAUCUUCUUCUUUGCAAAUUGUUUUGGCGACUGUUGAUAGUACUAGCAACUCAUGGCAUUUAAUUGUGUGAUAAUGUGUGCUUUUAAUCCAUUGUUUCUCUUUUUGUUCCAUCUGGUUCAAAUCACAUUGAACUGGAACUAGCCUUUCUCAUUGCAUGUGCAUGUAAAGAAACACUGGAUAUGGAUGGCAUUUAUUUUAGAUUUUCUUGUGUUAAAAGCGAAUAUUAUUAAA